GUGGAAAAGGAUUGCAAUGAUCUUGAGGGCUCUGGUUUAACUAAUAUCGAUAUAGAUGGUUUUGGUCAAAAAGAAGUUUAUUGUGACAACGGAUGGGUUGUUGUGAUGAGACGAUACAACAGCACGAUGUCCUUCCACAGAAAUUGGAAUGCAUAUAAAGUUGGUUUCGGUGACCCACGUGAGCAGUUUUGGAUUGGAAACGAUGCUCUCUACGCGUUAACCAAUCAAGGGGAUUACUCAAUGCAGAUUGACAUGCUGUCUUGUGAUGGAAACACCUACUACGUCAGAUGGAACCUGUUUCGCAUCCAAGAUGAAAGCCAGAAAUAUAAGGUUGCUGCUAUUAGUGUCGACUCCUACAACACUUCUAGCAAUAGUUAUCUAACAGAAAAUAUCCACUGGCCAACAAUUAUGGCAGAUGUGAACGAAACUGUUGCCGAGCUUAAGAGACAACAAGCCAAGGGGAGAAUAAGAUACUAUGGUGUCUGCAACUUUGGACCCAAUGAUCUGCGAGGUUUUCUUGAGGCAGGAGGACAGCCCAUCUCUAACCAGGUGUGCUACAAUCUUCUGUGGAGGUCCAUUGAGGAGGAACUACUUCCUCUCUGCCAGGAGAAAGGCAUAUCCCUCCUCCCCUACUCACCACUUCAGCAGGGACUACUUACAGGGAAGUUCCAGAAGCCGUCUGAUGUCCCUGAGGGAAGAAGGCGAGGGAAGUUAUUUCAUAAAGACAGUACCCCCCUUUCUCGCCACGGCCAUGAUGGAGCUGAGAAAGAGGUGUUUCAGGCCAUCAGUGAAAUCCGCGAGGUGUGUGCCAAUGCCAACAUUCCCAUGGCAACAGCAUCAUUGUCAUGGUUACUGCAGCAGCCAUGUGUGAAGUCAGUCAUUGUUGGAGCUUCUAACCCUCAGCAGGUGGUAGAGAAUUGCCAGAGAGUGACCUUGCCAGAGGACAUGGUACAGAAGUUCUCUGCAGCUACAGACCCGGUGAAGGUGAUAUUCAAGGGUGAUAUGGACCAGUGGGCAUACGGAAGGUCACGUUAA